UGAAACGUUAGUACGAUUUAAAUAUUUUUUGAAGAUGUGCAUUGCUUAUACAGCGAUUUUCGCCUUCCUGGCGUGUGUCCUGACCAUCGGAAGUACUGCUCCAGCCUCCAGCCUCGAACAUGAUUUGAAAGAAGCUGCUGUCGAGACUAAAAUCCUCGUCAACAAAGCCGACGUACAAUCUCUCAUUAAAUUAAUUGAAGUAAUUGAGGCGAAUAAGAUUUUACCUGAAGAGGAUCUUCCAAAGUGGCAUGCAUAUGCUGUUCAGUUAAAAUCUUGGAAUGUUACUAUCGAUGACGAUUAUAAUAAACCCCAACGCAGUCUUCUGCCAGUGCCAGGACCAGAAGAGUAUAGAAAAUUAGAUGAAUAUUCCAAUGGUGCCCACUCCAAAAUUGUAUCCGAUCUACGUAAACUCACCGCUCAAUAUUAUACAGCUUUCCAGAUUAAAGCAUCUAAUAUUAUAAAUGCAGCAAAAGAAUCCGGAUAUACCAAUAUAAUCCUGGAUAGCAUUUUUGCUGAUUUUGCUGUAGCAGAAGGCGAUCGACGACAAAUCUAUUUCGAUAUUUUACUAUCUCGUCUAAUUAAGGCCUGAAAAUCAGUUUCGCGCCUCGAUCGCCAAAAGAAGAAAUUGAUAAGGACAAAUUAAAUGAAUACUCGAAUGGUGCCUUCUCCAAACUUAUAUCCGAUGAUCAUAAACUCAGCUCUUAAUAUUAUGCCUCUUUUAAGAAUAGGGCCUCUGAUAUUACAAAUGUAGUAAAACAGGCAGGAUAUGCC